CCUUCCUCCUGUAGGUGUGAACCGGCACUUCCACAUGAUCUGUAUCCGGGACAAGUUCAGCCAGAACAUCGGUCGGCAGGUCCCGUCCAAGGUCAUCUGGGACCACCUGAGCACCAUGUAUGACAUGCAGGCCCUGCACGAGUCUGAGAUUCUUCCAUUCCCGAAUCCAGAGAGGAACUUCGUCCUUCCAGAAGAGAUCAUUCAAGAAGUCCGAGAAGGAAAAGUGAUCAUUGAAGAGGAAAUGAAAGAGGAGAUGAAGGAGGAUGUGGACCCCCAUAACGGGGCCGACGACGUUUUUUCAUCUUCAGGAAGCUUGGGGAAAGCCACAGAAAAAUCCAGCAAAGACAAAGACAAGAACUCCUCAGACUUGGGGUCCAGAGAAGGGGCGGACAAGCGGAAGCGCAGCCGGGUCGCUGACAAAGUCCUGACCGCCAACAGCAACCCCUCCAGCCCCAGCUCCGCCAAGCGGCGCCGAACGUAGACGCUCCCCGGGCGCGGAGGAGGGCGGACGGGCCGGCGGACAGGCAGGAGCCGUGCUCACCAGGCAGGCGGCUGGUCAGACGCCGGAGGCCCCGCACUGCCCUCUCAGACCAUCUGGCCUCUGAUGGAUCCACGAGACCAGGAUGGCCCCGCUCUCUCAGGUGUCGAGAGCGGUGAGUGGGGAGUCGGGCUCCGUCUUCUCUGGACGUCCACACGUGGCUUCCUGGGACGUGGAUCAGCUCCACCUCUGCUGAGGCGCUGG